GAGGAACAAGCAGGGAAGGAAUGACAAAGCUCCGAUACUAAAAAAGGUCAACGUGGUUUCCAAUAAGAGCCGCAACUUUUUCCCUUAACAUCAUCAUCAUUACCACUAUUACCACCAUCACCAUCACCCCAUCCGAUGGGUUUCGCCUACAUUCAACCCUCGACGAUAUGACGGAGAAGACAAAGGCGACCGAGGACAAGAAGACUAUCGUCUUCCUCCAUCCCGACCUGGGUAUUGGCGGUGCUGAGAGAUUGGUCGUUGACGCGGCGGUCGGAUUGCAGAAUCGAGGACAUAAAGUCGUUAUCUUUACGAGCCAUUGCGAUCCGAAACAUUGCUUCGACGAGGCGAGAGAUGGAACCCUCGACGUCCGCGUCCGCGGCAACACCCUCGUGCCGCCGAACAUCCUCUCGCGCUUCAGCAUCCUGUGCUCGAUCCUGCGACAGCUACACCUGAUCCUGCAAGUGUUUCUGACCUCGGAGCUGCGCUCCCUGUCCCCCGACGCCUUCUUCGUCGACCAGCUGAGCGCUGGCGUGCCCCUCCUGCAGCUCCUGUGCCCGCGCGCCCGCGUCCUCUUCUACUGCCACUUCCCGGACCUGCUGCUCGCGCGUGGCCGCGCCCGCUGGUGGAAGCGCGCCUACCGCGCCCCCUUCGACGCCUGCGAGCUCUGGAGCAUGAGCUUCGCCGACGCCGUCGCUGUCAAUUCCCAGUUUACUAGGGGCGUCGUGAGCCGCACCUGGCCGUCGCUCGCGAGGAGGAAGGACUUGCAGGUCGUGUAUCCGUGCGUGGAUACGAAGGAAAAAGGAAAGUUUGAUGAUAGUGACAAUGGAAAGCCCCUCUGGAACGGCAAGAAGUUCCUCCUCAGCAUCAACCGGUUCGAGCGGAAAAAGGACAUCGCGCUGGCCGUCCGCGCCUUCGCCGGGUUGGACCCCACGUCUCGCGAGGGCGUGCGGCUCGUCGUGGCCGGGGGCUACGACCCGCGCGUGGCGGAGAACGUGGCGUACCACCGGGAGCUCGUCGAGCUGUGCGAAGCCCUCGGCCUGCGGAGCAUGACGGCCAAGACGCACGUGACGGCGCUCCAGGUGCCCGACGACGUGCAGGUGCUGUUCCUGCACUCGGUGCCGAACCUGCUCAAGGCCGCGCUGCUCGCCUCGGCCCGCCUCCUCGUCUAUACCCCGGCCAACGAGCACUUCGGCAUCGUGCCCCUCGAGGCCAUGCUCGCGGGCGUCCCGGUCCUCGCCGCCGACACGGGCGGGCCCACGGAGACCGUCGUCGAGGGCGUCACCGGCUGGCUCAGGCCGCCCGACGACCCCGCGGCCUGGACCGCCGUCAUGGACGACGUGCUCAACCGCCUGUCCGCGGACCAGCUCGCCGCCCUGUCCCGGGCGGGCGCCGCCCGCGUCAGGGACCACUUUGGCGAGGCGCACAUGGCGGAGCGGCUCGACGACAUCGUGGCGCAGAUGCUCCGGGCGCGCGGGCGCACUUGGUCCUGGGGGCCGACCGCCGCGGCGCUCGGGCUAGGGGGCGUGGGCGUGGGCGCGUUGGGGUUCGUGCUGGCGGCGGUCUUAGGGAUAGGGAGGGCGGUGGUUGUCUUGUCUUGAGCGAAGCGAGGAAGCUAAAAUAUCUAAGGCUGUUAUAAAGUUAGUUAUUUUAGGUAGUUAGGUCGUCAGUUAGUUGCUCGAUGCCCCUCCCCUCCCCCCCUCCCUAUUUAGCAGAGAUAGGUAGAGGUAGGUAGGUACCUAUAGGUACCUAUAUAAGCUUAGGCUUGGAGGGCCCGAGACCGCGAGUGGAAUUUAAUGGAUACCCACAC